AUGGCACCGGAUGCUUCGGUGAAAAAGUGCUUCUGCACACGAUGCACACUCAUACAAGGGAAUAUCCACCACUACUCCAGUGGCUUGGGCCAUCUCAUUCCCACAGGAUGGAGUACAGAUGGCUCUGGCGGGGUGUUCAGGUCUAUCCUCAGAGCUCCACGCACGGAGACUCCGUGGCGAAGGCUGUUGCUGGAGCACUGCGGCCUUGAGGAUACAACCAAGCGGGUUCGUUUGUGGUGGUUUUACAGCCGCAAGGAUGAUGAGAAGAAACACAGCUUUCGGGAAUUGCCUCGAGAGGUCCUCGAUGGCGAAGAACUUCCUAAUCAUGUGCAUGUGGUAUCCAAAGUGAUUCCUGUUGACGGCCAAGGCAAAAUCGCAAAAGGCAACGAAAAGACCAGUGGCGAGAAGCUGGCAGAGCAGAUUUUUCAGGCUGCAUCUGAUCCAUCCUUCAAGCCUCAGGUGGAUGUCACCUGUGCAGAGGUGUCUGCUGGAUGUGCUGGACAGCUUUCGCAGUUCCUUUGGGACUCAAACUUGCUGGGCCGGGUGGAAGGCUCUCAGGAGGUUAUCGAUAUCAUUGUGGCCCCCAACGUGUUCAUCUCUUGGAGAAAGGCCUCUUCUGACAAUCGAGCAGUAGCUCGCAUGAAGCAGAUUGACCUUGUUCAGAAGGAUGGGUCCAGCCAGGUAUUCAGCUUUCCGGCCGGCCGCAAGAUCUACAUCUGCAGCCUCCGAGUCCCUCGUGAAGAAAUGAAGAGCUUUUUGGAAGCCUGUGAGGAGCCGGUCUACACCACGGGAGAUCAGAGUUUGGCAGAAGCAAUGUGGAUGGGCAAGGUGCCCUGCGUGAAACCUGACGCCAAAGUGCAGCAGUGGCACUUGGCUUUGAUGGCGAAAGUGGCCGGAGCUAUGGACAAAGUUCCUGAUCUGGGCCAUGAGCUGCGGACGCUGGUCAGAGAUGAAAGUGCCAGAGAGGCUGCGAUGCUCCGCUCUCGAGGGCUCAGCGAAGCAUGUGAGAAGCAGAUCGUUGCGCAAUUGGGUUGUCCGCCAAGCCAGUGGAACUCGACACAACAGGUUCUUGCUCGAUCUGGCAUGCUGGGAUGA